AAACGGCCCUUAACCAGUUACGAACAAACGAGAACGAGAGCGAGCGCUGAUAAUAAUAUAACAACAAGCUCUUCCUUCUUCCGUACACACUCUCUCUAAAACCCCUCAUCUCAAUCUCCGAUCUAACCUGCUCCCAAUUCUUCAGAUUCAACCGAUCUCAUCUCAGAUUUGGAUCGUGUACUUGGAAUUGGUUGAACGAUUUGAUUUGAUUCGAUUCAGUAAUGGCUGCUCCUGUGCCUCCAGGGGCACCUAGACCCGGCGGCAAUAAUCAGCCACAGGGACCUCCACCAAAUUACAUGCCGAAUUUUCGGGCUAAUUCCGAUGGAGGAGUUCUUGAUAAUCUGCAGAAUUUGAAUCUUAAUCGACCUCCUAUGGUGUCAAAUCCUUUUUCUAGACCUCCCCCUUUUAGCCAACCACCUAAUUUUCCUUCUUCUGCACCUUCACCUGGCUUCCCUGGUUCCUCGCCGCAGUUUUCGCGGCCCGGUCCACCUCCCGGAGCAAUGGUGCGGCCUGCAGGACCUCCUUCUGGGCCGCCGGUAUCUACAUUGCCCCCAAAUGUUGCUACUGGAAGACCUACCGGUCCACCUCCUGGUAGUCAACCCCCUCCGCCGUUUGGGUCAAGGCCGCCUCCUAAUUCUUUUCCGCCAUCGUUGGGUGGUGGUUCUGCUGCACCGGUUUCUGGGUUUCCUCCACAAGGCGGUUCUCCACCGAGCCGUCCUCCUCCGCAAGCUCUUGGUGGUGGUGCUCGUCCCAGUCCGAAUCCUUUUGCUUCACCACAAAUGAGUGCUCCCCCGGGGGCACCCUCUAUGAGUGGUUCCGGUAACUUGAUGAGUAACGGGCCUCCGGUGUUUUCUGCUGGAGCUUUGCCAGGUCCCCAACGAAUUCCUCCGGUUGGCAGUGCACCGCAACAGUCGGUUGGACCUCCAACAAUGAGAGCUCCUCCUGGACCUGCUGUUCAACCUCAGUCCCCAUAUCCUAUGCCACCUCAAGGAGCAGUGCAACCUCCAGGUUCACCUUUUGGAGCACCUUCUUGGCAGAUGCAAUCCCAGCAGGUAGCACCACCUCCUCCAGUUCCUGGUGCUCCACAGCCUCCUCGGAUGUUUGGCAUGCCACCACCAUUGCCAAAUCAAUCAAUGACUACUACUAUUUCACCUGCGGUUGGUCAAACUGGAGCCCCUAUGGCUGGGCCAUCCAAAAUUGAUCCCAAUCAAAUUCCAAGGCCCACCCCAGGUUCCUCGGUGAUCUUGCAUGAAACUCGUCAAGGCAAUCAGGCAACCAUUCCUCCGCCUGCUACCAGUGAUUACAUUGUAAGGGAUACCGGAAAUUGCAGUCCGCGUUACAUGAGGUGCACAAUCAAUCAGAUUCCUUUCACUGCUGAUCUUUUGACAACAUCAGGAAUGCAGUUGGCUAUGUUAGUCCAACCUUUGACCCUUCCUCACCCAUCUGAGGAGCCCAUUCAAGUUGUUGAUUUUGGGGAGAGUGGUCCUGUCCGUUGCUCGCGUUGCAAGGCUUACAUAAAUCCCUUUAUGAAAUUCAUUGAUCAGGGAAGACGUUUCAUCUGCAACUUGUGUGGAUUUAGUGAUGAAACUCCACGGGACUACCACUGCAAUUUGGGUCCAGAUGGUCGGCGUAGAGAUGCUGAUGAAAGGCCUGAGUUGUGCAGAGGAACAGUUGAGUUUGUUGCUACAAAAGAAUUCAUGGUCCGUGAGCCAAUGCCGGCGGUGUACUUCUUCCUCAUUGAUGUAUCAAUGAAUGCUGUUCAAACUGGUGCAACAGCUGCAGCUUGCAGUGCCAUAAAACAAGUCAUUACAGACCUUCCUGAGGGUCCUCGCACACGGGUGGGAGUUGCAACAUUUGAUUCAACAAUUCAUUUCUACAACUUGAAACGUGCAUUACAGCAGCCACUGAUGCUCAUUGUUCCUGAUGUCCAAGAUGUUUAUACUCCUUUGCAAACUGAUGUAAUUGUACCACUAUCUGAGUGCCGUCAACACUUAGAAUUGCUUUUGGAAAGCAUUCCUACCAUGUUCCAAAAUAAUAGAACCUCUGAAUCUGCCUUUGGUGCUGCUAUCAAGGCGGCUUUCCUUGCAAUGAAAGACACAGGAGGAAAGCUGUUGGUUUUCCAGUCAGUCUUGCCGUCUAUAGGCAUUGGUGCACUUUCUGCACGUGAGGCUGAAGGUAGAACAAACAUUUCUGCUGGAGAAAAGGAAGCCCAGAAAUUACUUCAACCCGCAGAUAAAACAUUCAAGGAACUGGCAGUUGAAUUUGCUGAGUAUCAGGUUUGUGUUGAUGUAUUUGUGACUACUCAGACUUAUGUAGACAUGGCUUCCAUAUCUGCCAUCCCACGAACUACUGGUGGACAGGUCUAUUACUAUUACCCAUUCUCAGCUCUUUCUGAUUCUGCAAAGCUUUACAAUGAUCUUAGAUGGAAUAUCACUAGACCACAAGGUUUCGAGGCUGUAAUGCGUUUGAGAUGUAGUCAGGGCAUCCAAGUACAGGAAUACUAUGGCAACUUCUGUAAACGCAUCCCAACAGAUGUUGACCUACCUGGGAUCGAUUGUGACAAAACUUUCAUGGUAACUUUGAAACAUGAUGAUAAGUUGCAGGAUGGAUCAGAAUGUGCUUUUCAGUGUGCUCUUCUUUACACAACUGUGCAUGGCCAAAGAAGAAUACGUGUCAUAACUUUGUCGCUGCCUGUCACGAGUAUGCUCAGUAAUCUGUUUCGAGCAGCUGACUUGGAUACUCAAUUUUGCUGUUUCUUGAAGCAUGCUGCUACUGAGGUUCCAUCAAAGCCACUCCCACUUGUUCGGGAACAAGUGACGAAUCUUUGCAUCAAUGCACUAUUUUCAUAUCGUAAAUUUUGUGCUACAGUGUCCUCAUCUGGCCAACUUAUUCUUCCAGAGGCCCUUAAGCUUUUGCCCCUGUACACACUUGCAUUAACUAAGAGUACUGGGUUGCGAACUGAAGCAAAGAUAGAUGAACGGUCAUUUUGGAUAAACUAUGUGUCCUCUCUGUCUGCUCCAUUAGCAAUACCACUCGUGUAUCCUAGGAUGGUGGCUAUCCAUGAUCUUGACUCAAAGUUUCAGGAGGAUGAAGAAUCUGUUAUUCCUUCCUUUCUUCCCCUUUCUAGUGAACACAUCAGUGAUGAUGGAAUAUAUCUUCUUGAGAACGGCCUUGAUUGUUUGAUCUAUAUUGGAGACUCCGUAAAUCCAGAUAUUAUACGAAGACUGUUUGGUGUUGCUACAGUUGAAGAAAUUCCUACUCUGUUUGUAUUGCAGCAACAUGACAAUCCACUAUCAAAGAAGUUAAAUGAAGUGAUAAAUGAGAUACGCCGGCAAAGAUGUUCCUACCUACGGUUAAAGCUCUGCAGGAAAGGAGAUCCAUCAGGAAUGUUGUUCUUUUCAUAUAUCGUAGAAGACAAGAGCGCAGGCGGCUUCUCCUAUGUAGAAUUUCUUAUCCAUGUUCAUAGGCAAAUCCAGAAUAAAAUGGCGUCAUAACAGAGUUGUUACCUGCUUCAUUUUUGUAAUCUUAUAGACCUUGGACGAUAGAGCGCCCCAAGCAUAGUCGAGAGAUUUUGCAUACUUUAUGCGCAUUUUUCGAUUGCUUUGCGUUUCUGGGAGGUAGACCAGAGAACAUAAUUUUGGUGUACAUGUAUAACUCAAUUUUUCAUCGUUUUAUAACUCAUUGAAUUUUAUAUGA